AUGUCUAACCCCCUGCCGCAGCAAAAAUGGUAUCCAGUUUUCAAACCGGAACUUGACACGGUAGUCCACGAUCCUCUUGACCCAGACAAACGAUACCAUGAAGGUAUCUUCAUUGAAACGAACCCGGAGAAUCGGAAGGAAACACUAUUCCAUGUCACUGGUGACAUCAUUGCAGCUGGUGGCAUGAGCAAGGGCUAA